GAAGCCACAGGGGACCAGAUCUCGGCCCUAGCGGCCAGGCUCGCGGAGGAAGUCGCCCCCUACGCGGACAUGGCGGUGUGGGGCCCAUGUGGGAGGCGCCAGCAGAAGGUCAAGCGCUACACCGCGCAGGUGUUCGUAGGCGGCGAGUUGGUCACGCGUCAGCUCAAGGGCCCCUCCUCGUUCGAGCAGUGGCGGGCCUGCUGGCGCGUGUUCCGGACCGCCAUGGUGACCCUCAAGGCAAUGACCCGAGACAACGCUAAAUCGAACGCUGGGGCCAUGAGUGGCUGGUGGUACGAUCACGUCGACAAGCUUGCCUUGAUGGCGCCCCGCCCGGGCACGCAGGCAGCGUCGGCCCCGCAGCAGCCGCGCGCCGAGACGGCCGGCGGGGCCCCCUCGGCGCCAGCGCCAGGCGCCAAACCGAAGGCGAAGCCCAAGAAGGGCUUGGCGGCGCUUGGGGCGCAACGGAAGGACGGCCGCUUCCUUUGGAAGGACGGGCAGGAGCUGUGCUUCACGUGGAACCGGACGCCCGACGGGUGCGUCUCCGGACCGUGCCCGAACAAGCGGAGCCACUCCGGCGAGUGGUGUGUGGGCGGGCACCGUGCCAUCGACAACCAAUGUAAG